AUGAUGAGGCCACAUGCGGUCUCUGCGCUCAGCGGCAAGGGCUUCGACGUCGCUUGGUCGUUGGCCGAGCCCUCGGAUGCCUGGGCCAUUGUCACAGUCACCACCCCUGUUACAGAGGAGGUGCUGAACAAGCACCCCAAGUGCAAGCUGGUGGCUGUGUCCUUCACCGGCUUCAACCACGUGGACCUCGAGGCGUGCAAGAAGCGAGGCAUCUCUGUGGUCAACGUGCCCGCGUACUCCACCGAUUCCGUGGCCGAGCUUUCUGUGGGCCUUGCCCUUGCGGUGUACCGAGAGAUCCCUGCCGGAGAGAGGACGCUGCGGGAUGGCGGCUGGGUGCACUCCGCCGGUGGCAUGGAAAUCAGAGACAAGGUCGUCGGCAUCGUGGGCCUUGGGGACAUUGGCUUGAGGACGGCGGAGCUCUUCAAAGCUUUUGGCCCCAAGGAGAUCUUGGGGUGGUCGCGGAGGCCCAAGCCGGCCUUUGACAGCCUGGGCAAGCAGGUGCCCAUCGAGGAGCUGUUCGAGAAGGCGGACAUCGUCUCUUUGCACGUCGCGCUGAACGCAGAGACGCAAGGCAUCAUCAACCGCUCUCUGAUGGAGAGGCUGCGCCCUGAGUCGGUGCUCAUCAACGUGGCUCGGGGGGGCGUUUGCGACCAGCCGGCGCUGGCUGACCUCCUCUCCAAGAAGCGGUUCCGCGCAGGUCUGGAAAGCCCAGCGUCAGGGAAUUCAUGCUUGCCCUUGCGGGCAAGCAUGUUGUGUUUUUUUGUGUUGUUUGUUGGUUUUUUUCUGCUUUUUUGUGGAGGGGGGGUUGUGGUUUCCGUGAAAACCAACAUUUUGAGGACAAAUUCGAGGAUUGUAACUAUAAUCCAGGAAAUGCGAGCGAGCCUUCCUUGCGCAAUCGUGAUUCAGGACUCCAAACAUGUGAAGUCGAUGGCUUGUGUCACUUUGAAAAGUCGAUUUCGCCGACGGCUCAAUGACGCAGGUGAUAUCUCUUAGAUAGUUUGUUUUCUUUUUCCUGCAUAGAUGGCUGCGGCAGUUCCCGGACGCGUUCCGACCAACUCGGCAUAUCCCAUCUUCCACACUGCUGAUGAUGAGUCGAACGAGGAAGGCGGGCAUUGCCUGGCUGCAGUGCUGGAGGAAGAUGACCUGGCGAAGAUAUCGCCUGGCGGCCGCGACAGGGCCGGCACCGCCGGGUCUGGUCUAAGCUUGGCCUCAACAUGUUCUAGCACAAGCCACCGCAAUUUGCGACAGACACGCGAGGCGCAGUUGAAGCAAUUUCUCCGCGCCAACAAGUGCAAAGAGGUGAACGAGUCUGUGGACCAGCAGGGCUGCCUAAGCCUUUGGAAGGAGCGGCUAUUUCCUUUGCACAUUGCUGCACGGAAUGGGGACAAGGACAUGGUGCGAAUCCUUCUUGCGGCGGGAGCAGACUCCGAGCAGAAAACCUCCCGUGGGCGGACCGCCGCAGACCUUGCACGCCACGCCGACAAGGAUAGAUCGCACCAAGAUGUCUUGGCGCUGCUUUCCACUGACGUGAAGGUGGUAGAUGCUCGCACCCUGCAACAAAUGGGCCGAAUGUGAGUUGCAAACCAGACACCUCCGAAGCGUGCCUCUUUUUCCAACUUGAACGGCGGGUUGCCUGUUGUUGGAGUCUC